AAAAACAAGUACUGAGCGUCGACGAUAUUAUUUGUGUGAAAUAGUUUACUUUCACUUCAUUGGCAUGUGUGACAUGCCAGAUCAGAAAAUUUAAUCGCUUUUACAAAUGGCAAAAACAAUACAAACGAACAUUUUUUUAUUUAAAGGUCCUGGCGUUAAUAUUUGGAAAAAAUUAAAAUGGACAACAUUCCGCGUAGAAAUCCGUCUGGCGCGAUAGAGUUGACCCAUGAAGAAAAUGAAACAAUGAAAAAGUGUGUUACCACUUCUAUUUGGACUCAUUCACUUCCAGCUAUGAUAGUAUCCUCCGCCUUCAUACGUUACUUGCAACAUUACAAAGGUGUCACACUAAGGUUCUGGGCCAAUACUGGCAUGAUAAUAGGAGCUGGUAUAGUUGGUCGAAUAAGUGCUCUACCUGGAUGCCUGCAGGAAGUUGUAUCAAAAUAUCCGGAGGGAAGUUUAGCGAAAACAAUUGAAGAAAUGAAAAAUAAAAGGCAAGGAUUAUUACAAAGUGAUCGUGAAGUAUAUGAGCAACCAGAUGAUAAAUCUGGUAUAUUUGAACCAUAUGCCAGACCAGCACCUCAAGCUGGACCCACAACUCAGUCUUCUGGUCAAACCUAUGACGAUCUUCGUCGCAGAAAUAGAGAUCAAUAUAUAGACAGCAGGAGAACGAACCGAACUUCUCCUGCAACACCAUCACCACAGGAUCAACCACCAUCAAGCUCUAUGUAUUCGCCAGCUUCAGAGCCCUCCAGCUCAUUGUACUCAUCACUCCCUGAACCAUCAGGUUCACUUUACUAUGAUCCACCCUCCCCCUACAUGGAUUCUUCCCCUGGAGUCUCACCCCAGGAGGAGUCCAAAAUAAGAAAGCGGAAAAGGGUUAACCAAUAUGGUGAUGAAAUUGAAGAUUAGUAGGACUUAUUUGGCAGAUUUUCUAGAUUUUGUUAAUACCAUGCCAUAAGUUUCAAGUGUUUCACCAUCUGAAGGUAACUUGUGUUCUUUAGAAUACUUUUCCAUGUAUUGUUCUGUAAUUAUGUAGAAAAAUUAAUAUUUUUAGACUUGUGAAUAUACUGACUCUUCAAAAUUGUA